GUAGAAAAACCACCAUAGGCAUGAAUGUUUUGUCUUUUUGAGAGUCCCCACACCAUCUAUCUCCUCAUCAUCCUCCAACUCUGUCCUAUCUUCUUUCCCCUUUUCUCUCUCUCUCUAAAAACUCCCUCUCUCUUCAAACUCUCUCUCUCUCUAAAAACUCUCUCUUGGAUGUAGUUAUGUGUAACCAUUUUAUAUCCGUCUGGUACACAAACUCGUUCAUAUCUUGUCUUCUUUCUCCUCAUCCAUUCACAAACAAAAUAAAUUAAAAAAAAAAAAAGAUGAAGUGUUUCUUCUGCACUCUACACCAGGGAUGAGAGAGAAAAUGCCCCAGUUCGAUUUUUUCAAGAAAAUCAAGUUCUUGAAACCCCAAGACUCCGCUCCUUCUGUUCUUGGGUGGUGCUUCUUUUUCACCCUCUGCUUAAUCUUCUCCCUGUGUUUGCUGGACUAUAGAUUUGUUAAUGGUUUGCACAGGCAAUUCCUUUUAAUUACUUGGUUUAAGUCCACUAAUGCUUCUUCAGCGGAAUACGCCGCCAAGGUGGGGUUUCUCGAAGUCGGCGGCGGCGGCGGCGGCGGAGGAGGAGAUUGUGAUAUAUAUAGAGGGGAUUGGGUGUGGGAUGAGAGCUAUCCUCUUUACCAAUCGCAGGAUUGCAUGUUCUUGGAUGAAGGGUUUCGCUGUUCGGAGAAUGGCCGCCCUGAUAAUUUCUUUACCAAGUGGCGUUGGCAACCUAAAGAUUGCAACUUGCCCAGAUUCGAUGCAAAAGCGAUGCUGGAAAAACUGCGAGACAAACGGCUAGUAUUCGUAGGAGAUUCAAUAGGAAGAAACCAAUGGGAGUCGCUUCUGUGCAUGCUGUCUUCGGCAGUUCCAAACAAAACUUCAAUAUACGAAGUUAGUGGGACCCCCAUCACUAAGCACUCGGGCUCGUUGGUUUUUAAAUUCAGCGAAUAUAACUGCACCGUCGAAUACUACCGGGCCCCGUUUCUAGUCUUGCAGAGCAGACCACCUAACGGUGCACCUCCAAACGUUAAAAUGACUUUGAAGUUGGAUCAGAUGGAUUGGAGCUCAGUUAGCUGGAACACUGCCGAUUUCCUCGUUUUCAAUACGGGUCAUUGGUGGAAUUACGAAAAGACCAUCCGAGGGGGUUGUUACUUUCAAGAAGGGACCGAUAUAAAAAUGGAUAUGACUGUAGAAAACGCCUUUCGAAGGUCAAUGAAGACAUUAGUCGAUUGGAUAAACGACGAAGUAAAUUUGUCGAAGACUCAUCUUAUAUUCCGAGCUUAUGCUCCAGUGCAUUUCAGAGGUGGGGAUUGGAGGAGUGGUGGGAGUUGCCACCUGGAAACAAUUCCCGAUUUGAGUGCACCUCAAGUUCCUUACGAAACGUAUAUCGAGUACAAAACCGUAGUUGAUGGUUUAUCGGAAAAUCUGAGAAACGGAAAUAUAGAGUUAUUGAAUGUGACUGGUAUGACUUCUCAUAGAAAAGAUGGUCACUCUUCGUUGUACUAUUUAGGGCCUUCGAUUGGGCCCGCACCUAUUCACCGUCAAGACUGCAGCCAUUGGUGCCUGCCAGGUGUCCCCGAUUCAUGGAACGAGCUCCUCUAUGCCGUUAUACUUAAACGGGAGAUUCAGAAAAGACGAAUUUGACGGAAUAUUCUGUCGUGAUUCUUGUAGUUUUGGAUAAAUGUGUAUAGCAGUGCAGUUGUAUAGGUAGAAAGGCAUUAAUUGAUAUGAAAGCUAGUUGAUUUUUGGUUUUGAUUCUGCAGUAUCAUGAUUCUUGCUCUGUAUACUUGUCACUAUUAUUUUUACCUAGGGCUAAAAUUGGAAAGGUAUUGUCGAUUUUUUAUCCGAUUUUUUUCGAUUU